AUGUUUCUAACCAAGCUUUUGUCUGGAUUGCAGAGAAUGUCCAUAUUGAAAUGUGGAGACAAUAGUGGAGUGAUAAAAGGGUGUAUUAUUGGACUUGGUAGGAAUAAGCACGGCACUGGUAAGAUAGGUGAUCGCAUCAAGGUAUCAGUUCGUGACAAAACUUCCGACUGCAUAGUUAACAACAAGAAGCCUAGGGGUAUAAUAGUGAGGAGGAAGAAGGAAACGCAGAGGAAGGAUGGGAUGGUGUUCAAAUUUGACGAAAACGCCUUUGUUAUUAUUUCAAACAAUAAGCUCCAGGCCACCAAAAUCAAGGGACCUAUUCUUCUGGAAACCAGACAUAACUCUAAAUCACUCGCAUCUAAAAUUUUAUAA